AAAAAUACUGCUGCAUAUGUUUUUUUAUUUCUUGGUUUGUUUAUUUAUGAGUCACAUCAUUUUUUAUUAUUUUGACUGAUAUUUGAAUUUAUUCUCGUUAUUUAUUUAAUACUAAUAUGCCUGAUAAAGGAGAUAUACCUAUUGAAAGUUCUGAUGGCAACACUGAAUUGGAAUCACAAUUUAUUUUGCGCCUGCCACCUUUGCCUGCUGCUACUCUUCGCUCUGUUGUUGCCAGCGGUGUUCUCAACCUAAAAGAUCGCCUUAACAUUCAAGUUGAGAAUGACAUGAGACAUGGAACUGUUCGAUUUGAUGGCUGGGUAUUACCGGCUAAGAUUGUUGAUUUACCCUGUAUCAUUGAGUCACUCAAAACAUUGGAUGCUAAAACAUUUUACAAGACGGCUGAUAUUUGUCAAAUGAUGAUAUGUAAAGAUGAGAUUGAAGAGGAAAAACCAGAAGGAGAAGAAUCCAAGAAAAAGGACGGCAAAGAUAAAAAGUUUCUAUAUCCUCAUGGAGUUACACCGCCGUUGAAAAAUGUGAGGAAAAAAAGAUUCCGAAAAACCUUAAAGAAAAAAUUUUUUGAUGUUCCUGAGAUUGAAAAGGAAGUGAAGAGACUUUUCAGAACUGACAGUGAAGCCAUUAGUGUUAGGUAUGAAGUUGUCAACACUGAUGAAAAGAAUAAAGAAAUCAAACAAGGACUUCAAAGUGCUGGACCUUCUGGAGUCAUUUCUAAUAAUUCUCAAAGUAUGGAUAUUGUCGAACACGAUUUAUUCGGUGAAGUUUUAAGUAGCUCGGAUGAAGAAGAUACCAGAGCCCAAGAUACUGAUGAAGGAAGUCGCGGUUCUUCUCCUCCUCUGAGAGAAGCAAACAGUUCUCAUAAAGAAGCUCCAAGCACAUCAGAAAAUAAGUAUGUAACCGAAUUCACUCCUGGAAUGUUAAUAGAACAAGAAAACCGGACUGGAAAUGGUAACAUGUCUUAUGAUAUUACAAGUGAGUCUUCGAGUGCCGCCGCGGCUGCUGCAGUUGCUGCUUUAGAGGAAGCAAAUGAAAUGGGAGAUUCUGAUAUGAAUGCCUCAGCAAAUGAUGAUCUAGUUAACCGAUUGAACGAGCUUCAAAGUGAAAUUGCUACAAUUCGAGAGAAACGACAAAUCCAAGAAGCCGAGAUUACGGACAUUGAAAAUACAGCUUUAGUUUCCCGAUUCCAAGGUAUAAUUGAUGAACUGAAGCACCAGGAAAUGGAGAAAAGACGCCAAUAUGAAGAGAUCCUUAUGGUUUUGAAUCAGCAAUUAUAAAAACAUCCGUUCUGUGUAAAAAUUCCCCCUCAUAAAUUUACUAAUAAAUUUAGUCAUCAAAUUAACUAAAUAGAAUGACUAAUUUCACCAUUUUUCAAUAUCCAAAAGGCAAAUCCAUUAUUUUGUUAUUUUCUGAUUCAAUCCGAGAAUUGUCUCCAGCUUCAAAUUGUUUAAUACUAAACGCUGUUUGUAUAAUUUAAUGACUUAAACUAUUGAUUCUGUUUAUUGUAAUUUUCCUUGUGGUCUCAUACUUUAAAUCUAAAUACCAAGUUUGACUAAAAUAAUCACCAAAAAAUACAUAAUAAACCUAAUUUGUUAUUGAUUAAA